GAGCCCUUUGUAUUUGCUGUUUUCUCACCAUCAUGGCUUCAGGGCUGUACCAAUGUCUAACGAAAAGGAGUGGUGGCUUGCUUCUACCAUGCCCCUUGGCCAUGGCCCAGGUCCGCUCAAGGUGGUUAGCAAACAGGUCUUCCCCGGGGGGCCUCUCCGCCUUCCAGGUCAAGCCUCGGACAUUGAAGGACCUUCCCCAUGUCAGCUUCUUGGAGAUGAUGUACAGAAUGAUAUUUCAGGGUUUCUACAAACGUUUACAUGAGCUACAGAUCUAUGAGAAGCAGCGAUACGGGCCCAUAUACAGAGAUGGACUAAAGGCAGUAUCCGUGAACACGCCAAAGUUGCUGGAGGAAGUCAUGAGAAACGAUGACAAGUUCCCUUAUCGAGGAGACAUGUCUCUGUGGAAAGACUAUCGUGACAUGAAAGGACUCGGCUAUGGGCCUUUCACAGUGGAGGGGGAGCAGUGGUACAACCUGAGGGCAAUGCUGAACAAGCGUAUGCUGCACCCGAAGGACUCUGCACAGUAUGGUGGGGUAAUUACUGCUGUGGUUACAGACUUCAUCAAGAGGAUCUACUAUCUGCGCCAGUGCAGCCCAACAGGAGAUCUGGUGACCAACAUGGCCAAUGAGCUCUAUCAAUUCUCACUAGAGGGUAUUGCUGCCAUUCUGUUUGAGACAAGGCUUGGGUGUCUGGAAAAUGAAAUUCCUGCAGGUACACAAGACUUCAUCAAUGCCAUAGGUCAGAUGUUCACGAACAGCAUGCCUGCAAUGCUGACACCCAAGUGGAGCCGCAAUUUGCUGCCCUACUGGGGCCGCUACAUCGCUGGCUGGGAGGGCAUCUUCAGUUUUGCAAAAGAGUUGAUUGACAAGAAGAUGGAGGACAUUCAGCAGUGUGUGGACCACAGCCAGGAUGUGGAGGGCGAAUACCUAACAUAUCUCCUCUCAAACACACAGAUGAGCUUGAAGGAUGUGUACGGCAGUAUCACUGAGCUGCUGUUAGCAGGAGUGGACACGACAUCCAAUACCCUCACUUGGACUUUGCACCUGCUGUCCCAGGACCUUCAAAUCCAGGACAGACUUUAUAAAGAAGUGUCCACAUUCGUACCUGCAGACCGGAUCCCCACCGCUGCUGAGAUCACUCGGAUGCCAUAUUUAAGGGCUGUUAUCAAGGAAGCACUGAGGAUGUACCCUGUGGUUCCUAUGAAUGGAAGGAUCCUUUCUGAAAAGAAAAUUGCUAUUGGUGGAUAUCAGUUUUCAAAGAACACUGCUUUCACACUUUGUCACUAUGCAAUCAGUCACGAUGAAGACACUUUCCCAGAACCAUUCACAUUUAAGCCAGAGAGAUGGCUCCGUAAUGGCUGCGAGUUACCAAACGCUUUCGGCUCCAUCCCGUUUGGCUUUGGCGUGAGAGGCUGUGUCGGUCGCCGGAUUGCUGAGCUUGAGAUGUAUAUGGUCGUCUUUCAGCUAAUCAGGGUUUUUGAACUCAAACCAGACCCGAUGAUGAAAGAGUUGAAGUGCAUCUGCCGCACUGUUCUGGUCCCAGAGCAGUCAGUAAACCUCCACUUUGUGGCCAGAGGAUGUGAAAAUGCAACUUGAUUUGUGGUUAGUUUGAAAGCCAAUGUUGCAUCUGAGUGAGCAAAGUUUCUAUUUAAUUUUAAGAAUGUCUGAUUCUUUAUAAGCAAGACUGCUGCUUCAGUCUUCAGGUUUUAAGGCUUUACUAUAAUAGAUGUUUAGCUCAUUCGUAUAUUUUCAAAUAGGUCAUGUAUCCUAGGUGCAAUGUUGCCUUCCAUUCAAUAUUGUGAAUACACAGAGGAAUGUUUUUUUAACGAAAUAAGAAAUAAGUUACAUGGAUUUCUUGGAAUUCUUUUUUUAUUUAUUUCUUAAAAAUGGUCACUUUACUUACUUGUGGAUUCAUUGUGUUCACCAUAAAUUAAAGAAAAUCCAAUCGAGUAUCAAUUCUAUUCCUUCUGUCCAUUAGGCCAGAUUUCUGACCAUAUGGUUUCACUUUGUAUUGCACAAUAAACCAUUGUAUCUCUUGCCUUGUUUGGCUGCAAAUACAACUUGUGGGCAAUUCUGUUUAUUAAAAACUGAUUCCUUCCACUGCUUUGACUGA